GGCUUCCGCUGCCUGGCUCAGCUUUGUCAACUUUUCCUUUUUAUAAAAAAAACAAACUUUGCUCCUAGCGUCGAGCGGCCGGGCAGCCGUCUACAAACUAUGUGCACUAGUCUGAGUUUGGGAGCCGCGAGAUUACAGUAAAAAAGGGGCAAUAUCUGCAAAGUUGUCGAUGAGGAAACAAGAGAAUAAGGAUCCAUUGGAAAGGAGUGCGGGUUCUCUGAUUUCUUUUCCCCUUGGCCAUUCUGAGCCACUCCACUAGGGGGUCUGAGAGACUGGAGAGUUGCUACCGACACAAGGAUUGAAGACACUGGGCCGAUCACUUCAACAAUGACUCUAGGUGCCGACAUGUCUGAUCAUUCACUGCUCUCCGAGGAUACAGAUAUUGAUGUGGUCGGUGAUAUGAACAGCAAAGAAGGGAAAUAUGGUCAUUUUCUUUCUGACAACGAUUCAGACGAUAUCUUAAGCAGGAACGUUUCCGAGAAUAUUGAGUCCCCGGACUUGUCCGGCGUGUCUGACCCAGGUACGACCAGGGCAAGUGAGAAAUCAUGCAAAAGUACUUUGGUCAAACCUCCCUACUCUUACAUCGCUCUGAUCACUAUGGCCAUUCUACAGAGUCCAAAGAAGAGACUAACAUUGAGUGAGAUCUGCGAGUUUAUCAGUAAUCGUUUCCCUUACUACAGGGAAAAGUUCCCUGCCUGGCAGAACUCCAUCCGGCACAAUUUGUCUCUCAACGACUGCUUUGUGAAAAUACCCCGGGAGCCCGGGAAUCCUGGCAAGGGCAACUACUGGACUCUCGACCCCGAUUCUGCAGACAUGUUUGACAACGGGAGCUUCCUUCGGAGGAGGAAACGGUUCAAAAGGCAGCAGCCGUCCGAAAUCUUGAGAGAUCACGGCAGCUUCAUGCCAAGUUUUGGAUAUGGACCUUAUGGCUGCGGUUAUGGCAUCCAGCUGCAAAAUUUCCACCACCCUCAUCACCAUGCCUCCCCGAGUACGUUCCCAUUCCAGCCUCCGCACUGUACGGUGCCAUCACCAGCGUCAAUGUUCCCAGCUGCAGCUAUCCCCUCGCUUUUACACAGCAACGACUUAACCAGGAAAUCCUUCUACCCGCAGCUGAGUCCCACUCUACCCAACCUACAAGGAUUGAAAGCAGACCCGAGUCAGUCCAGGCCUUCCUUCUCUAUAGACAAUAUCAUAGGGGCUGCUCCGUCAAAUACCCCCGGGUCUCCCUACUCAGCUCCGCCUGGAAGCCAAGCACAGGUCCUGGCAAUGUUAACUCCAGCACUCACGCAGUCCCAGAACCCUCUAAACUUAACGCACGAUAAUGUUCUACAGACUGGACAGACCUUUUCAAGUAAACUCACAAAUCUUAACACCUGUCACUAUUAAAAUUUCUCGUCCCGUGUAAGAUAGAGAAGCAAAAGCAACUACUGAAAAGUUCAGAAGCAAAUUACAGCAGAAGCUAAAAAUCUGACAGAAAGAAAAUGCUGAAGAACAUAAGAAAACGAUAAAAUAGAAGCAGAUGAAGGCCAUUUGGCCUCUUGUGCUGCCUCUCGUAAGGUCAUGUACCUUGGCAUCAUUUUCCUGCAGCUGUCCUUUGAUUCCCUUAAUAUCCUAAGAUCUAUCAACCACUAUCUUGAAUACACCCAGCAAGUUGGUUUCCACAGCCCCUUGGGUGGUGAAUUCCAAAGAUGCCUUGGGCAAACAAUUUUCUGCAUCUCUGAAGUUAAAGGUUGGCCACUAAUAUUGUGAAUGUGAAGGGCACUCAAUCGAUUAGGCAGUGUCUGAUAAAGAGAAGCAAAAUCAAUGUUGCUCAGGACUGUAAAAUCAAAAUUGCUGGCAUUUCGUGAUUGAAAAAAUCCAACAGUUAAAGUUUAGUUGAAGUUUUAUGCUGCCAUUCUCUAAAUUGAAAGACAUAAUGACAAGUAAUAAAGCAGAAAGAAGAAUUUACUCUGCUCAACCUUUGGACAUACUUUGAAGUUACCUCAUAUUUUGAACUAUGAAGCAAAUAUUGUCUGUGGCAAGAAAUUGAAAUGUUCAUACUGUAGUGAAGUACAAAGAAAGCAUAAUUUUGAACUAAAGUAUGGCUUGGUUUAAUUCUUAUACAUGGAAUGACAAGCUACUUUUAUGAAUGUAGUGUUUUAAUUCAACAUUUGCAAUUCAUUGAUAUCUGAACUAAGUGCUUGAUUGAAGAAGGGAAAAUUAUGAAAAUCAAAUAUACCAUCUCAGUGGGAUUAGCUUGAGUAAAUUUGUUCUUCCUAAGUUAUUGUCCAUUCAGGUGAUGAUUUUAUCUUGCUGUCAUUUGAAAAAAUCGAGCAAAGUGACAAAAACAAUAAUAAACAUGCUGAU